GGGCAGAGUUGAGCUAAUCAAUGCUUCAGCACGACGCGGAGAAGAAGACGCACUUGGCGGACGUUGAUAAAAAGAACGAUUAUGGACGGGGAUGAGAUUGAGAUGACCAAGGAGGAGCUCCAGAUGUGGAUCAGAGACAGGGUAAAGAAGAGCAGGCUGACCUCCCCAGAUGUGCAGAAGAAAUGCAGUCGGUUGCGGUCUGUGAUAGAACGCAGGGAGAAGCUGGCUGCCGACUUCCUAAAGCUCUGCGAGUCUGUAGCUGCAUGUGAGGAAAUUGCGAAAAAGCAAUACUCUUUGCUGGGAUGGGAGUACAAGGACUCAGAUUCUGAUGAGGAGGAGGACGACGACAAUCCUACAGGACGUGUGCAUUUUCCCUCUGAGACUCAAGACCACAACCGUCCAACUUCUAAAGUUCCUCUUGCUCUGUCACCAAAUCUAGGAAACAAUGAAAGAGAUAAUGGGAAACAAAGCCCUCUCCCUUUAAAAAGGAAAUUAGUAGUGGUCUUGACUAGACUUCCCUCGUCUGCUCUGCCCCAACCAUCUCCUCACAACAGCGAGGAUGAAUCUUUAAGCAGCCCAGAGUCUGAUAUGUCGUGGGAACCAAAGACAGACUCAGGCGAUUCUGAUUGUUCUUUAUCAUCUGUGUCAAACAAGAGGAGAAAGCUAAGUCAUGGGAGUAAAAAAUGUGGCAAGACCCAUGAAAUGUCCUCGUUAAGCGCAGACUCGGAUGCUCGAAACACUGGAGCGAGGACCUCAACGCCCACAGCCAGAAUGAGUGCCAGUUCUGACGUCAGUGGAGCAAAAACCUCAACAACCCGAGCGAGUGCAAAUACCGAUGCUCAAAUCGAUGCAACAAAAACACUCCAAACCAACACGGAUUCCCGCACCAAAGGCAAGGCAGUGAAUACAUCAAACAACGCUCAGGGACUAGUCCCUGCUCUACAGAUCUUCGUAGGAUCUUUAAAGCCACAAGCUACCAAGAAGCCUCAAAAGCAAAAAGAAGCUACGAAGAACCCUCAAAAGCAAAAAGAAGCUUCCAAGACCCAUCCAAAGUCACAAGAAGCUUCCAAGACCAAUCAAAAGCAAACAGAGGCUACCAAGACUACUCCUUGCGUGCCACAAGGAGAUGUGGAAGCUACCAAGACUACUCCUUGUGCAUCACAAGUAGAGGUGCAAUCUACCAAGACCACACCACACAGGGUGCCAAAGGGAGAGAUCCGCUUGGACAUGGCGGUCGUCGCCCGAAAGAGUUCCUUCAGCUGGCAUCAAGGGACAGUGUGUGUUAUAAUUACAAAGGAAGACGGUAAAUUGAAAUACAAGGUCAGUUUUAAAGAUAAAGGGAAGAGCCUCGUGUCCGGUCACCACAUUGCCUUUGACACCAUCCCAAAGUUGGACUAUCUCUAUCUUGGUGCACGGGUGGCGGUCAAAUGUGAAGUUGAGCCAUCUGAGUUCUUGCCUGCUGUCCUGGCAGAAAUGCCAAGCAGAAAAAACCAUAUGAGGUUCCUGGUCUUUUUUGACAAUUCCACGCCAGCCUAUGUUAAUUUACCUUGUCUUCGCCUGGUGUACAGACCACUGCCGGACCCUUUGGCGGAUAUUAAAAACAACAACCACAGGAGUUUUGUGAGGGAGUAUAUUAGAUUAUGGCCAUACCCGCCUCAGACUACAUAUCGGGCUGGACAGACCCUCAAAGUGGAAUUCAAAGGACAGCAGGAGAAGUGUGAGAUCCUGAAGAUCGACUGCAGCUUGAUACAAGUUGUCUUUUUGAACGAUCAACAUAAGGAGUGGGUCUACCGAGGCUCCUUUCGUCUGGAGCACAUGGCCAGAAUGCUGCAGGUCACAGGUCACUAAAGGGACCAUGAAGAGCUGGAUGGACACUCGACUCCCAUGUAGUACUGCUCUUGCUGAACUUUAAUGUGUUGUUAUUGUCCAAGAUUUUUGAUUGUUUGUGGUUGUGGCAUUUUUUGUUUUGUUUUGUUUAAAAAAAACAUUGUGACCCAUAAAUGUGAUUAAGAAGAAAGAAGCUGCAUAAAACCUGCAAUUAAAAUAAGACAAAUAAAGAGGCUGUUAAAUUAUGAUUAUGAUUAUGACUAUGAUUAUGAUUAUUAUUAAUUAAUAAACUUGUCGAGUCGAAUAUAAAAAGACGGCAUUAGAGCACUGUGUCAAAAUAAAAAACGCCUCUUGAAACAGCCCUGUUUGCACCAAUUACAUUCAUUCAUUGCUUUUGUUGUAUAUAUUGUAUUUUAUAGCUGCUUUAGCUUUUUUUAAAAAAUCUUUUAGCUGCUUUAUAUAUAUUUUUUUUAUUGCUCCCGAACCAAGGAGCUGCCAAACUGUAUUUAGUUGUUUUUCAAUGACAAUAAAAGUUUUUUCUUGUUUUCUGUUCUUA